CAACGUGGCGCGAUGGCGGGGGUCGUGUGCGAGCGGGUCAAGGUCUACUGCCGCCUGCGCCCGCAGCUCGUCGCCGCCGCGCCCGAAGACGACGGCUCGACGUUUGUCACGGGCGGCGCAUCGCACUGCGACGGCGGCGGCACGGCCGUCACGAUUGCCGCCCCGGAGAGCAAUCCGCUGCCAAAGCGGCUCGUCUACAAGGACACGACUGCGAAGGACUUUGAAUUUGACGGGUGUUUUCGACAAGACACGACGCAGGACACCGUGUACGCAAGCGUCGCGAGCGAGUUGGUGCAGAGCGUCCUCCUUGGCUACAACGCGACCAUCAUGGCCUAUGGGCAGACCGGCUCUGGCAAGACCCAUACGAUGAUGGGUCCGAACGGAGACGGACCGGACCGCGGCGUCAUUCCACGCUGUCUCCAGGGCCUCUUCACCGCGCCUGCCGACAGCGGGCUUCGAUUUCACUUGAGUUUUGUGCAAAUUUACUGCGAGCGCGUCUUGGAUCUACUGAGCGGCCUUCCGACGCCGCUCUCGAUCCGCGAAAGCGAAGACGACGGCGUCUUUGUCGACGGCGUUCAAAAGAAGCACGUGCACUCGGUCGAGGAGUGUCUGCAUUGGAUCCACGUCGGCAAUGCCAACCGCACUGUGGCCGCCACCAACAUGAACGCGCACUCGAGCCGAAGCCACGCGGUCAUUACGAUUCAAGUCGAGCGCAUCGAUGCGGCCCAGGCGUCGUCCCAGGUCGUGCAGAAGAGCCAACUCCAUCUGGUCGACUUGGCCGGGUCGGAGCGGGUUAAAAAGUCGCUUGUCCGCGGGUCCCACGUCAACGAGCUCAAGGCCAUCAACCUGUCCUUAUCGGCGCUUGGCAAUUGCAUCUCGGCGCUCAGCAAACAGCAAUCGCACGUGCCGUACCGCGACAGCAAAUUGACCCGACUGCUUCAAAACAGCUUGGGCGGCAACGCCAAGACAGCCCUCAUUCUUGCAGUGACGCCCGAGGUGUCGGAAGCGGCCGAGAGUCUCGCGACACUUCAGUUCGGCCAGCGCGCCAUGCAAAUUCAAGUGUCGGCGCACGUCAACGUCGUGCCCGACUACAAGCGCCUCGUCGAGAUGCUCCAGGCCAAAGUCGACGCGUACGAAGACAAGCUGCACGGCCUCGACACGGAGCUGCAGGCAUCGCGGGACCAACAAGCGCUUCUCAUCAACCAAGCCGACGAAGCGAGGCUCGAAGCCUCCAAGAUCGCCUUCGAGAUGGAAGCGCUCAAGACGACAACCCAGCUGCAGAUUGCCAUGGCCAAACAAACACCGGCGCCCCAAUGCGCAGCGGCCGAGAGCGAUGACGCACCCGACGACACAUCGCCGUCGUCGACCGAUGUGUUUCAGGCGUUUGAGACCAAAUUGCAAGCGCUCACGGCCCAGCACAGCGCCGAACUGCAUGCUCUAAAGCAGCGAUUUGAUUUUCAGGUCGAGACGCACAAGCAGAUUGCGAAUCGCGCCAACCAAGAGUGGCACAACAUUGAGCACGAGCUCUCGAGCGAGCGCACCGCGCACCUUGAAACGUGCCACGAGCUCCGCGCGACGAAAGAAAAGUACUUUGCGCUCGAGAGCGACAGCGUCGAUCGGAUUAGCGACGUCUGCAACGAGAAGAAGGAGCUCGAGACCCAAAUCGCUUUGCAUACGCAGACGAUCCAGCGGCUCGAACACACGAUCGGCGACCUCCGGUUGCAGCUGGAGCACGCGCAGAGCGGUCGCUCGGAGCUCUCGGCAUCGAUUGACGCCAACUUUGUAUCGCGCGAACAAGUCAACGAGAUGGAAGCCCUCUACUCGGAUGCAAUCACCAAGCUCCAGAGCCGCGUCGAGUCGCUCGAAGGGCAAAAAACAAAAAAACCAACACCGCCCGUGCUCGAAGCUCCGAAAGCACCAGUGACUCAAGUGAAGAAGGAUUCGCUCAUCGGCAAGAAGGCUGUGCCCAAGAUUGGCCGCGUCAUGCCGGGUGGGCGGCGUUGAGCCAUAGGAACGAAAUAUAAAGAUGUAGUACACCCUAAAGCGCUACACCGGAUGCACUGCUUAUCGCUGACUCCAAC